ACAAGCAAAGUGUACGACGUGGCCGAAUUACGUCAUUUUCCUGCAUCUCAGCAAGCCGGGGUUAUUCAAACGAGAUAAGUACUCGGCCUUCUUUCAUUGAUGCUAAACACAUGUCCUGAUCAACAUUUGUGAGCAAAGAUGUCUGGAAAAAUCAAAAGUAGAAGUGCAGCAAACGCAGACUCCAUAUCUGGCGGCGUGUCCUGCGACGAGCGCAUUUUGCGAGAAUGUCAUCAAGUGUACACGGAACCUGACAGUGGUUUGAUGGCGGUGGCGGAGUCUGUGGGAGUGAAGCUGCUGGCCCCUAGGAAGAAGAUCACUGUGAUGCUGAUGGGCAACCACUCUGCUGGGAAAAGCUCCUUCAUCAACUGGUAUGUUGAGGAGCACAUCCAGCGCACUGGAGUGGCUAUUGAGACCCAGGGGUUCAGUUUUGUCACAAGCGGGCGCAAGAGAGAAUCUCUUACUGGAAAUGCUACCCUGCAUCUAUAUCCACAUUUCAAGCCACUGCAAGAGUUCAAAGGUGUAUCUGAGUACCUGAGCACAGAGAUCUGCACGUCACGACAGAAACGUUUCAGCCUGGUGACCUUUGUGGAUUCGCCGGGAUUGGUUGAUGGCGAUAUGAAGUAUCCCUUUGAUGUGGAUGAAGUCAUUCUGUGGCUAGGUGACCUCUGUGACCUGAUUCUGGUCUUCUUUGACCCGAUGGGUCAGGCUCUGUGCAAACGUACACUCAACAUUGUGGAGGCCCUGAAUGACAAACAUGGGGACCGACUGCGGUUUUACCUGAGCAAGGCUGAUGAGGCGGGGGGCGAGUCUGACCGACAGCGAGUCAUGAUGCAGAUUGUCCAGGAGCUCUGCAAGCGACCAGGACUCAACAAAUGUGGCUUUGACAUGCCCACCAUCUAUGUUCCUAAUCCCAACAAGCCGAGCCGCUGCGUCAACCAGAUCGAGGAAGUGUGCCGCACAGUUGAGAAAACCAUUAACCAGACCGUCCAGAAUACACUCAACUCCCUGGAGAAGGACUGUGAGGUCAUCAGUGAAGCCAUCACUGAUAAACUGGCCAAUGACAGGCAGACCAGUGUUGCCAACAGAGGCGCACGCUGCAAGAGCUGCUUCCUGACUCUAAUGGGCUUUAGCAUCCCGAUAGCUCUUCUGUCCAUACUGCUGCUGGGCACUCUGUCACAGGAAGUCCUGGAGAUGGCUGUGGGUCGCCAAGGCAUUGAGGUGCUAUCGCUCUAUCUGGUUCCUGUGGUGCGGAUCUUUGAGUCUAUGUCUGGAGAGCAGCAACUUUACGGCUGUGGCGGGAUGGUCUUUGCUUCCUUCAUCUUGCUCCUCAUUGCACGCUUCUCCUUCAGGACCCAACCAACCCUGUCGGGAAAGCAGAAAAGGCAGCUGCAGGAGAAGUUGGAGUUUGUUCAGGAAGUGGCAAAGAGCAAAAAGAAGAAGCUGUAUGAAGAGUAUCUGCGGCAGAGUGUCAGUGAUCACGACAUGAAUUGAAACACAACAACAACCUGACACAGCAAUACUCUCUUCAUCAUUUCAAAGACUGUUACUGUUGUCCACCAUCCUACUUACAAAUACUGUCUAUUUCUAUUCUUGAAAAACUAACUUACUCAGCAUAUAUAUAUGUGUAGCAUUGCUUUCCCUUUAUAACUUACUGUUUUCUCUACCUUCACCAGCAUUUUAUACGUGUGCUUUACAAGAACUUACAACCUUUGGAUCAAUUAGGGGUCCAAACUUUUGACUUGGGGCUACAUUGGGCUAAUUAUAUCAUUAAUAAAAAGUUUAAAAUGUAAUCAAUCAGAAAUAUUGAGCAGCUGAAAUGCGCCAAACAUGGAUAAGUGUGGAUAGAGUAUAUUUAAAUUUCCCAUCAUGCAUUGCAUGGAAUUAAAAUGAGUGUAAUUUCCAAUUAUGUGUUGUGUUGGACAUUUGUUAUAAUAUCUACAAAUUUGCUGUGCUGUGGCCACUACAAAGUGCAAUCCAUGGUCAUUAACCUGAAUUACUCAUUGUGUCACAUGCACUUUGUCCAACUUGCAGCAACUAUAGUGUCUGAUGUGUAAGAUCAAUCAAUCAAUCAAUCAAUCAAUGUUUAUUUAUAUAGCCCUAAAUCACAAGUGUCUCAAAGGGCUGUACAAGCCACAACGACAUCCUCGGUACAGAGCCCACAUACGGGCAAGGAAAACUCACCCCAGUGGGACGUCAAUGUGAAUGACUAUGAGAAACCUUGGAGAGGACUGCAUAUGUGGGUAACCCCACCCCCUCUAGGGGAGACCGAAAGGGGCCAGAUUCCUUUCAACUCGUGACGUCUUGCCAUACUGACACGCAGUUUGGACACCCCUGGGACAAACCCUGGUCAAUCUAAGUAGACAUUUGAAUAUCUCAGUCAUAUGAAGGUUAUGUAAUCGUAGCGGGAUUUUCCACUAUUCACAUU